GAGAGAGAGAGAGAGAGAGAGAGAUUCCUCCACAGCCGAGGAAGCGGCGGCAGGUGGUUGGAGCCUCCUGGAGAGCGGUCGCCGUCUCUCCCUCCGCGGUUCCCACGCCCGUCGUCCGCCCUGGCCGUAGCGGGCAUGGCCGAAUUCUUGAAUCAAGCCGCCGUGGUGGGCUUCCUUCGGGAACGCGGCGGCAAGGUGCGCAAUUCGCUGCUGGUCGGCCACUUCAAGCCGCUGUUGGACGUGCCCAAGGCGACGCCGAAGGUCCGAGCCGCUGUCCGGCAGCGCUUCGUCCAGUUGGUCAACAGCGUGGCGGUCGUGCAGGUCUCUGAGGGGAACAAGUGGGUCGUGCUCAAAAAAAGGCACCAGUUGGUACCGGAGUCCUCCGAUGCGGACCCGAGAUCGAUCGCCUUCGGGGACCUGUCUGACGAGGAAACCUCAGAAGGCGCCGAUUCUGGAGCGCCCGCUUGCCCUGCCGGCUUCGUGGCGCCUCGGAGCUCGCCUGGAGAGGAGGAGGACCCUGAACCGCCUCAGACUAUCCCGGUGAUCCAGUUGAAGAACCUCUUUCAAAGGGAAGGCUCGGAAAUCCUCAAAGUCCCCAGUGUCAAAGACCAUUUGGCCCCCAAAGGUGCCUCCCCCAAGCCCUGCAUGCUGCCGCUCCGUUCGGUGCCCCCUACCAGCAAAGCUAAGAAAUCUGAGGAGUUGAGCCCUGAGCAAGACAGGAUCCCAGUCCAAGAUGGUCUCUCAGUGGAUCUCUCUGCCAUCCUUCCUUCUACCUCCCCUCAUACUAAGAGGCGGCAGCUAAAUGAAGUGGGGCCCAAAUCCCCUUCCCUGAGAAGAGGGUCUAAACCACUAAAGGUGGGUGAGGAAGCUGACAGCACAGCCAAUGUGCCCUUGGAACCUGCUGAGCACCAGUGGGUGGUGAACGCCACAGCCGGCCAGUGGUCCCAGCAACUUCAUGGCUUGCUGCUCAUUGACUUGAACCUGGCGAGCAAAAGAGAUUUCAUGAGCGGCUUCACAGUUCUCCACUGGGCAGCUAAAAGUGGAAAUUGCAGAACACUGAGCAAAGUCAUAGAAAUGGCUGAGAAAGGAGGUAUUCCUGUUGAUGUAAAUGCUAAGUCCUUUGGGGGUUAUACUCCGCUCCAUAUUGCUGCUAUCCAUGGGCAGGAAGAAGUUAUUAGCCAGCUGGUUAAAGUUUACAAUGCCAAAGUCAAUUUAAGAGACUACAGUGGGAAGAAACCAUUCCAGUAUUUAAAAGAAGGCUCGUCUUUUGCAGUCAGACAUCUCUUAAAUGACCCUGGUCUUCACACCAACACUGGACAGAACCCUUCUACCAAGAAGAGCAUAAAAGUGGCUGCUUCUAUCUUGAGUUCCACCAGCACUGUCCUGGGACUUUUAUCUGACGAUAUUGCCUUCUAUGAACUGACAAAAGGCUUGAAGAAACCUGCUCCAGUCAAUAAAUUUCUUAACUUAGCCACAGCCCCUAGGAGGAAGUUGAAGUCCAGAAGGGCUUUUUCUUCUUCUUCUUCUUCCUUGUCUCAGGCCCUGGAGGAAGAAGAGAAUGAAACUGCAUCAAAACAUAGACCGAUUUCAGAAUUGUUCUUUGGUCAUUAACCUCACUGACAUCGAGUAAUAUCAACAUUUAAUUAGACUUGGGCAGAUCUCGCAUUCACAGAAACACAUUUUGUUUUGUAGUUUUGAAUGUGUUUCAAUUUAAGUCUAAUCUAAGGAGGAAAAAGAAUCAUAGGAUUAUGAUUUAACUUGAUAGUUGCUGCUUUCCAGCAUUCAAUAAGACCGAUUUUUUCGUCCAACCAAAUCUUCAUUUAUAAAAUGGGAAUUAUUGAAGUUUCAUCUGAAUUUUAUCCAUUGGGUGGGAGUUAUUUUUUUCCCCAAUAAAAGGUAAGAUUUAGGUGCAAAUUUCCAUGAAAAUCAGUUUAGUAAGGCAACAGUCCUGCAAUACUUGAGGAAAAAAAAUCCUACUGAAAUCAGUGGACAGACUUCUUAGUAAGCACUGAUAGAAUUAAGAAUUGACAUAUAAGAUACAUGUCAGAUAUAUAUUGACAUAUAAGAUAAUUUUAUUUUGAAAAAAUAUAUAUUUUAUUCAUGCAUGCUGUUCUCAAAAGCCUCUUAAAUGUCCUGUUGUGGGAACAAAAACAUUUUUAUCAUUUCUUGGCAUCCUAUCCUAUUCCAUUAAAGUAGAUUUAACAAAUUCAUUUGUAGUAGCUCUCCUCUCCUCUCCUCCUGUGCCAUUUGUUAGGUUUGGAAAUGAUUUUUGUACAAUAAUUGAACAAGGUCCCAUUUGAUAUAAAUCUAUUUUUCAGAUGAUCUGAUUUAUGCAGUUGAAAAGAAAGCAACUGUAGUAAAACUAUAUUUUUGUUUACAAUCUAAAACUUCAGACUGAUACUUUUCCAUUAACUUUUUAAAAAUAAAUUGGAAAAAGGAAUACGCACGGCUUUUAGUAGCCAACUGAAGGUUAAUUUAUUUUAUAAAAAAUUAAAAGCCUCUAUUAAAUACGUUUAUGCAUUUACUAUGUAUAGAAUAUGAAAUGAAAUUAUAAAUCUAGCUCAUGCCAAGUUUAAGACAAAAGAGAAGAUUAAUACCUCUACCUCACUGCAAUAGUUAAGGCUUUUUAUUUAGAAAAAGCAUACAAUCCUAAUUGCACAAUUAUUACCUUCAGUUGAUAAUACAUUGGCAAUUAUGAUGUUCUGUCCUAAAAACAUUUGAAAAUAUAGUAAAAACAAUUCUAUUUAGGAUAUUUAUUUUUACACAAGAAGGAAUCAAAAUGUAACAACUUAAGCAGUUAUUUUUAUAUUUAUUAAUUGUAUGAACAUUCGAGGUAAAUCUGUUUACAGUUUCAGCCUUAAAAUUCAUUCAGUAUAGGAACUUAAAUUUAUUGUGAAAUUCUCAACAUCAAGUCCUCCUAGAUUUGAAAAUGCUUUUCAUAAACUGUUAUGAAAGCCUUGUAUAAAUGAGAUGACUACGAUCCCACUUUACAAAUAGAUGUAUAGUCGUUUUGUGUAUAUUGAUUUAAUACAGUUAAUUACUCUGUGAACUUAAAUAAGGACUCUGAAACUGAUAUGGGUUUACAGGGAAGAACAUCCCAAGUAAAUGUAUACAGAAAUCUUGUGCCUUUCUAAUGCUUUUUAUAUAAUGUAUAAGUGCUGUUGUCAUGAUGGAAUUUAUUUUUAUGUUAUGAUUCUAAGCCAAAGCCAAUUUAAAUCUGAAAAAUUUGCAUGAACUGAAAACAUGAUGUGACAAGCAUGACGGUACAGUUUAGAGAUAAGAAAACCAUCCCCUGUAGUAACUGUAGUUAAUAAUUCAGCUACAAACAGAAGUAUAAUAAUUAUCCCUGUUGGUACUAUCAUCUUAUGUAGGAAAAGAUUUUUUUAACUGAAUAUCUGAUUUGACUUUCAAAAUGCAUUCACAGAUAUAUGACACACAUUUCAUGGAAGACAUUUAAAUACUUUGGAAAAUGAAAAAAUACAUAAGUAAAAACUGAAGCAUAGUUCUAUAGGACCUUGCUUAAAAGCCCAGUGAUUAUUUAACUCCACAUUUCUAAUGCUGAAUAGCAAAAUAUAAACUAAUAUAUAUUUGUAAACUUGUAAAUCUGACAGAUUUAGCAAAUGCACCUUGAGUAGAAUACAAGCAUGCCGUGUAUUUUGGUUGGGAAUAUAAAAAAGUCAACAGGCAGCUUUAAAGAAGCAUCUAUUUCUCUGGAGCUUUUCUUUAGAGCUGUCUUGAGUGGCACAGAUGGUCUUUUUAAAAAUCCAUUGUUCUGCUAAAACAAAAUGGACAAACAGGCUAGCAUAUCUGUUUACAACAGUUUGGUUGUUUAAUCCGCAUUUGUAGUUUCAAUUUUCAACUGUGGCAUUUCACUGGACUACACUGAAACUCUUUUCAAGGUCAGUGGUUUUCAGAAUGUUUUUGUUAUCAACCUUGCAUUAAUAAAGGCAGUGCUUCUUAUUUUUGCAUAAGUGUGUUCAUGUGUGCAUGGUAUAAUAUAUCAAACUCUACAAAAUAUGGCAGUAAAUGUGCUUUAAUAUGGAGGAGGUAUGAAAUAUUUACUGUUCACAAUCUUUGAAAAUAAUUUCCAGGGACCACAGUUUACAGAAUUUGGAUAAUGUACACUUAACAUGUGGCAUAUUAUCACAGAUUUUAGGAGCAGCCAGUUUCAUGAAGGAAAUAAAAUGAGGUUCCCAGUUUAGUAGAAUUAGGGAUAGACAAGAGUAGCAUCCUUCUCUUGGCCAUUUAACUGUGCAACAUUUUGCCCUAAUUAUAUUUCUUUCAGCAGUACUCAUUUCUGAUACUAGAUCUUGAGAACAUUUAAAAAGCUACAGGUGAUUGCACAGUUCUGUUUUAAAAAAGUCACUCUCAUACUUCUAGAAUGGGAGGAACACAAGACAGUGAUAAUAGAGGUUGAACAAUCUAUUCUGUUCUUACCCGGCGGAAAAAUGGGAGGAAGAAUCAGAUUUGUUCAAAUAAAACCCUGUAAAAGUGAAAAUAAAAUGAGGGGAACCUUUUCAACAUAUACAGAUACAUCCAAAAAUAUUGGUACU